AUGGAGGCUGUCGAUUCAUCGUGCCAUUGUGGUCGUAGCUUCCCUCGAUUCCCUGCUGAUGAGGGUAGGGCCAGUCACCCGACAUCUCCUGGUUGUCCCCGCCGUACUCUGGUUUGGUCCCUGAUCCUUGCCCAACUUCUUGACAGCCUCGACCUCGCCCUCCACCUGCUCGCGGGGUACCCCAUGGGGGAUACCCAUACUCCGGGCCUCUUUCGAAGCCCCUGCCCGGCGCACCGAGCUGUUGUCCGCCGGUUGGUGACCAACCAGUUCGGUCCGGCCCAACUUGGGGUCCGACACCCAACCCACUCUACCCCAUCUGGUCCUAGAUCCACCCAGCCUUCCUGGCCUGCAAAGCUCAACUCGUCCUCUUCCCCGGUCCCAAUCGGCCAUGGUUCAUCUCCCUCGGGCCCAGGCGGCCAUGGCUCACCUUCAUAA